AUGGUAUGGUAUAGUCAGCCGUCGGCUGCAUCCUCCCCUCAACGCCCAUCCAGCGAAUACUCCGAUCUCAGCGAAUACGAAGAAGCCUCAUAUCCCUGCGAAGACGCGACGCAUCAGCACAGCAUCAGGAAUCUGGACACACCGGUAGAAUUGUGCGGCGAGACCCACUUCCCCAUCCUCGAGCCAAAAUUCCAUUUGCAUCGCUUGGACGACAGGUAUGUCUUGGUGGCGUUUUUUUUCCCCGACCCUACUCAUUGCGUAUUCCCACGAACCUAAUUGAAUUUUUUCUCGGCUGCAUUUUUCCGCGUACUGUUUUGCAUUGGAAUUGAACCCGCUUCCAUGUUUAUUCGUGAAUUCAAAAUUCGGUUCCUUUGCUGUCUGCAAACUAAGUCGGCUUCACCAAAAAAAUUAUGUACCAAUUGAAUGCGAAACGUGGUUGGCCUACAAAUUUGAUGGUCCGGAAAGUUCUCUCUCCGCUGAACUAUGGACAACAGAGUUCCGUUUUGCAAGGCUCUGGUUACAUCGAAUCAAUUUGCAUUUUAAUUAAAAAAAUGUCUGCAAAUCCGCGUGACUCCGCGCGCCGACGUCGCAUGAUGCGGAAUCUUUUCCGCGCUGACCUUCACGGGCUUUCGUCGCGGCGGAUAAUCGGACGUUGACUCCACCGUGGCUUAUCCGCCAAUUCCAAUAGCCACUCUUUUGUUGGGCCGCGCGAAACUCAUUGCCCCGCAUUCCCGGCGGAUUGGCCGACCGCUUUCCGCUUCGGAUUUGCGGCAUUCCAACGGCGCGGCAAAAUGUCAGAUAAUUUAUUAUCUCGGGUGAAUGUUAAGCCGGCUUAGCGGCCGCGGCGGUUUAGCGCGUUGUGGUAUAUGAUAUUAAAGAUUAGGUCCGAUUAGCGGCCUUUAAUGGUAAUCAGGAUUCUGACGCUCCCCUGAAAACAUGUUGAGCUGCCGGCACACGUUUGGAUUAGCCAGCCGGAAUCGUUUGUGUGGAUUAGCGGUUGGCGCGGUUUUCUGGGAUUAGCGACACACCGGGCUCAUCAGCUUCCGGACCCCGACGUUUUCGAGGGAGAGACGUUAUGACGGCUUAGGGCAAAAGGUUAGAUUGACGCCGGGAUUUGCGGGAUCGGGGAUUGCGGCGAAAUGCCAAGUCGACGUCAGCGGACUAGACUGUUUUUUAUUUUCGCAAUUCUUGGCCGAAAUUUUGGCCAGUUUUCGGCAAGUGUCUGGAUAUAAUAGACUCAAUUUAUUAUAAAUAUAAAUUGAAUUUAGUAUUCCAUUAUAAAAUAGAUUAUGAUUACGAAAAUUCAGACAAAAAACAAAAGUGCAUAGUUUAGUUUUGCAAUCACAGUGCACUUUUGGGAAGUACUAGUCAUUGCGCAAUUUGAAGUGAUAUUGGAGUCAUCAUAGUGCAAUUUCAGGAAAUAUGCGAUGGCUUUUACGUCAGAACGUGGCCUUCGAGUUUUCGCAAUCCUCAUUGAACUCAUUGGCGACCGAAUUCGCGUCGAGACCACCUCCUAUGAUCAUGUGCAUAUCCCAAUCUACGUGAACGGCUUCUACGAACGCGAAUGCCGGGCCAUUGUGGACGUGUACGAGAAUUAUUACAAGGUUCGUUUGUUUAUGCGUAAAAUUAAUUAUGGUUCGGCAAAAGUGCUUAUUUCCCUAUUAUUUUCGUGUUUUUUUGAUAUUUUAUGGACCUGGGUGACGAUUAUUUUUGCAGCUUUCGAUAAACGGCAAGACCGUGCUGCGACGUGCGCAUGUGCGCCCGUUCACCAAGAGCUGCUCGUGUUGCUCUUCGCCGUACGACUCGGACGCCGAGCUCCGAUCGGAGGAAGAGGACGAAGAGUCCACCGUGGAGUCGUCGCUCAAGUUCUACGCCCCGCAAAAGGCGUUGUCGGUGGCGGCGAUGAGCAGCAGGAAACGGCGUCACAGCUCGUCCUAA